CUCUUAGUCUAAUCUGUCAAGCAUGAGCAUCUCUGCUGCUGCCGGUGUCGAGCCCACUGCCACUCAGCCCGCCCCCACCACAACUAUCCGGUCUUCCACCAUAGGACAGGCCCCUCCGACCUCCUACUAUGUACAGCCUGGUACUACGUCCCAAAUGCAACCUCCUCAAGGGCCCAUGAUUGACGAGAAGAUUGUCCAGAAGCAGAAGGAGAAGGCCCUGAGGGAGCUGGAGUCUCGAGUUAAGCUUGCCUUGCAACAACACGAGCAGAUGUAUCAGCUGCAGAAGUCCCACAUUAUGGCCGACCAUGAUAGGCAGAUGGAGUACACCAAGGCUACUAUUGAGAAGGAACGUCAAGCUGCUAUGUUUGAUUUGGAGGGUCAGUAUCAGACCAACACUCGAGGCUUGGAGCAAUCUGCCAUUCAGCAGCGCAUGCAGAUUGAGACUACUGCCAUGCAACUUGACAUCCAAGCGCAUCAGCAGAAGAUGAUCAUGGAGCACCAGGAGCGAGAGAAGAAGUGGACUGGCCAGCCUGCUGUCCCUCAGACUCUAGCUGUUCCUCAGCCUUAUGUUGCUCCUACAACCUACAGUGCUUAUGGUCAGCCCGGUGCAAGCUCGGUGACGACGACAUACUCGACUACUGUUCAACGUGCGCCGCAGACUACCUCUGUCGAGGCUCCUGCUGCAGCUGCUCAAUAAAUGUAGAGCAUGACUGAGUUUUGUUGUGUAUGGUUCAAGAAGUCUUGGACGGUUUUUACAUAGCCAUUCAAGCUGAUCCACAACAUGAUUGCUCAAUUCGAUAUA